GUUUCAGUGUACAUUGACAUUCUUUGGAUUUACCCAUGAUGGGACGUUUCUUGAGGAAGAGUCUCGGUAUUUUGCACCGCAAGAAGUCCGAGCCGCAUCAUAGUAAGAGUCCCAGCCAGUCUGCGGUCCCCAUAUCAGCCCCAAUCACCGCAGCCACGCCACCUGAUACAGUCGACACCCAAGACACUUUCCUAUUCGAAGACCUGUGGAAAUCUGCAUAUGAUAAGCUAGAACGAGAGGAGCAAGAUAUUUUGUCCCCAGCACAAGGCAGUGCUGAGCUAGGAAAGGACGAAAAUUCCUCCCAGGCCGGCCACAUCAUCGAUGAGGUUAUUCAAAUAACCGAGAAACAAUACAAGGAAUACCAGCAAGGAAGCAUAAGAAUCCAUCGGUCAACAGGAGAAGAGAUUGAUCUUCGAAAGGUGUCACGGAAGAUACUUCAUGCUGCAUUGUCAUUCAAAGAUAUUAUUACUACUGUGAUAGCCUUUGAUCCUACCCACCAAGCAGCAAGUGCAUGGGCAGUUAUUUCUUUUGGAUUGACAAUAGCGCAAAAUCAACUUGACUUACGAGAUGCCUUAUUUGAAUCAUCAGAAUACCUUGCGGAAACUAUCACUCGAUGUGCCUAUAUUGAGCAAAGCUUUUACCGCAAUAGCUCCAAGAAAAAGAUUGAGAUAUGUCGUGCGAUGAUCAGCGUGUAUACUGCUAUUCUUCAAUAUGCAGCAGAGCUGUUAGCUACUCAGCAACCCAGCAUCGGGAAAAGAAUAUUGAUUCAUAUGACACCGAUAACCAAUCAACGCCUCACUGAACUUCGAUCAUCUAUUGAGGAAAAAUGGCAGAAGCUAUGCCAGUGGGUUCAUUUUGAUGCAUUAAAUACUCUUUUGCAAAAUGGGAAAGAAGCAGAGUCCAGGCUAGCUAGAAUCGAUGAGGAGGUAUCAGAACAUCUGCAAGCUCUUAUCAAGAGAUUUAGUCUACCCAUCGCGGAAGGAGCAUCAUACGACUCAUAUGAGAAUCAAUAUAGAGAGAAGUGUCUACCGGGCACCAGACGCGAUCUUCUUCUCCAGAUUACAGACUGGGCCGAAGCAUCUGACAAAUGCAUAUUUUGGUUGAAUGGUUCGGCAGGAACUGGGAAGACUACCAUCUCCCUGUCUGUCGCAGAGUUACUCAAACAAAAGGGGCUCCUAGGUGGCAGUUUCUUCUUUAAAAAAGGCGAAGCAGAUCGGGGUAAUGCAAGAAGAUUUAUCUCAACUAUUGCAAAGCAAUUAAUGGCCCAUCACCGACAUUUAGCCCCUGUCAUGUCAAAAGCAAUUCAGGAUGAUGCAGAUCUGUCAACAAAAUCUCUCAGUCAGCAGUUUGAGAAGCUCCUUCUUCAGCCCCUGAGCGAGGGAGAGUACUAUGAGACCACUUCCGUGAUUGUGAUAGACGCGUUGGAUGAGUGCGACGACAACGACAUUGAAGUCUUACUUAGACUUCUACCGCAACUGCAGCAAUCCAAGUCUAUUCGCGUGCAGAUAUUCCUGACAAGCCGGCCUGAGCUUUCAAUACGAGAUGGUUUUGGAAAAAACCAGGAUCAUCACGAUAUCAUUCUCCAAGAAGUGCCCAGUAUUGAACAUGACAUCCGCAUCUUCUUGCAACAUCGACUUUCUCAUAUCAAGGAAAAGCGGAAAGUCCCUGGGGAUUGGCCUGGAUACGAGAGAACAAAGGCAUUAGUGAAAAUGGCAGUCCCUCUUUUCAUCUUCGCAUCCACAAUUUGCCGCUUCAUCGAAGAGAAGUAUCAGGUUCCGGAGCAUCAGCUUGAUAUAAUCCUUAAAAACCCUGAUAUGACAGCAUCGUCCCAAAUGGAGAGGAUAUACUUGCCAAUAUUAAAGGACCGUGUUAAAAGCUCUCCAGUCUUCAAGAACAAGUUCCAAAAGAUUGUUGGAGCUAUUAUCCUUCUUGCUGACCCACUGUCAGUUCAUAGCCUUUCUAGGCUUAUCAAUAUGGAAGAAAGAACAAUUAUAGCAGUAUUAGACGCAUUUCACUCGGUUCUCAACAUUCCAAGGGAUUCGUGUACACCAGUCCGCAUUCUGCAUCUAUCAUUUCGCGAAUUCCUUAUCAACACAGAGGAGGAAUGCCUGCGUGUUAAUGAGAAAGAGACCCACGAAAAACUACUACAAAAUUGUCUGGACGUCAUGAGAAAUCCCAUGGUGGGAUUAAAACACAAUAUCUGUCGAUUACCAGGUUAUGGGAUACAGCGCGAAGAUGUUGACAGUCAAGUGAUUUCUCGGUAUAUUUCACAAGUUCUGCAAUACUCUUGCCGCUACUGGUCGAAUCACUUCAGCAAGAGUAAAAGCGAUGCAUCCGAGAGUGAAGUAUUCUCAUUUCUGAAAGAGCAUUUCCUCAAUUGGUUGGAGACGAUGAGCUUAAUAGGAUUUGCCUCGGAGACUGUUGGCAUAAUUAACACCCUACAGUCAAGAUUAAGAGAUAGUAUGAGUACGGAACUAAAAGAUUUCUUAAAGGAUGCCAACCGAUUUGUCUUAAAACACAUUCAAAUGAUUGAUAAUACCCCACUUCAAGUAUAUUGCUCUGGACUCGCGUUCUCUCCUACAGCCAGUAUCAUUAGAAGAACAUUCAAUGACCAACGACCUGAUUGGAUGCCUGCUUUACCACAAGUACAGAAGUCAUGGAGCGCCCAAUUACAAGCCCUGGAGGGCCAUUCCCGUUCGGUUAGGUCAGUGGCCUUCUCACCAGACGGCCAGAGGAUCGUGUCAGGAUCCAGCGACCAGACUAUCAAGCUCUGGGAUGCCCAGACUGGCUCAGAGCUGCGCACCCUGAAGGGUCAUUCUGGUUGGGUUAUGUCUGUGGCCUUCUCACCAGAUGGCCAGAGAAUUGCGUCAGGAUCUGAUGAUCAGACUCUUAAGCUCUGGAAUGCUCAGACUGGCUCAGAGCUAUGUACCUUGAGUCAUUCUGGUUGGAUUACAUCAGUAGCCUUCUCACCAGACAGCCAGAGAAUUAUGUCAGGAUCUGCUGACCAGACUAUCAAGCUCUGGGAUAUCCAGACCUUAGAGCUGCAUACUCUAAAGGGCCAUUCCUGUUCAAUUAGGUCAGUGGCCUUCUCACCAGACGGCCAAAGGAUCGUGUCAGGAUCUAGUGACCAGACAAUUAAGCUCUGGGAUGCCCAGACUGGCUUGGAGCUACGCACCCUAGAGGGUCAUUCUGAUUCAGUUAUAUCAGUGGCCUUCUCACCAGACAGUCAGAGGAUUGUGUCAGGGUCUAGUGAUCAGACUAUCAAGCUUUGGAAUACCCAGACUGGCUCAGAGCUGCGCACUUUAAAGAGCUAUUCUCAUUCAGUUACAUCAGUGGUAUUCUCACCAGAUAACCAGAGAAUCAUGUCAGGGUCUAUUAAUAAGACUAUCAAGCUCUGGGAUGCCCAGACUGGCUCGGAGCUGGGUACUCUGGAGGGCCAUUCUGAUAUAGUUACAUCAGUAACCUUCUCACCAGAUAGCCAGAGAAUUGUGUCAGGAUCUGUUGACAAGACUAUUAAGCUCUGGGAUGCCCAGACCAGCUCAGAGCUGCAUAACUUGGAGGGCCAUUCUAGUUGGGUUAGAUCAGUGGCCUUCUCAUCAGAUAGUCAAAGGAUCGUGUCAGGAUCUAGUGACCAGACUAUUAAGCUCUGGGAUGCCCAGACUGGCUUGGAGCUACGCACCCUAGAGGGUCAUUCUGAUUCAGUUAUAUCAGUGGCCUUCUCACCAGACAGUCAGAGGGUUGUGUCAGGGUCUAGUGAUCAGACUAUCAAGCUUUGGAAUACCCAAACUGGCUUAGAGUUAUAUACUCUAGAGGGUCAUGCUUCUUCAGUUGGAUUAAUAGCCUUCUCACCAGAUGGCCAGAAGAUUGUGUCAGGAUCUGUUGACAAGACUCUUAAGCUCUGGGAUAUCCAGACUGGCUUAGAGCUGCACACGCUUAAAGGUCAUUCUGGUUGGAUUACAUCAGUAGCCUUCUCACCAGAUGGCCAGAAGAUUGUGUCAGGAUCUGGUGACCAGACUAUUAAGCUCUGGGAUGCCCAGACUGGCUUGGAGCUGCGCACCUUGGAGGGUCAUUCUAGUUGGGUUACAUCAGUAGCCUUCUCACCAGAUGGCCAGAAAAUCAUGUCAGGAUCUAGUGAUGAGGCCCUCAAGCUCUGGGAUGCCCAGACUGGGUUGGAGCUGCGCACUCUGGAGGGCCAUUCUUCAGUUAGGUCAAUGGCCUCAUCCGGAGAUACCCCGAUGGAGCACGAGGAAGGCUUUUGGAUAUCAGUCGAAAAUUCUUGGGAUACACUGGUGCUUGGAUAUCGAGACGGUCAUGUUCUCAUUACUAGGUUUUGUGCCCUUCCCGAUUGGAUAUAA